UCCACCAAUAGAAAUAGACCUGAGAACGUUCUCUGACCAAUAGGAUGAUACCCGGAAGUAAAGCUCGGCAAGAGUGCGCAGUGUGAUAAGGGUGAAAGGGCAGGGGGCGUGGCGUUACGCUGUGUACGGGACAGCUCGCGCUGGAGGUCAAUAGCUAUGAUAUUUCUUCAGUUCGCGCGGCCUUAUCUCCAUAUUAAGAAGCAACUUCCGUCUCCUCCUGGGUGCAGACACUUUUGGGGCUGGCUGAAUGCCGUAUUUAACAGGGUCGAUUAUGAGCGCAUAAAAGAGGCCGGACCGGACCGCGCUGCAUCAGAAUGGCUUUUGCGUUGUGGCGCUAAAGUACGUUAUAAAGGAUUUGACAAGUGGCAGAACGAUUAUAAUGGACUCCCAACCGGGACUCGGGAACAAUACAAGAUUCAGGGCAUAGAUGCCACAGAGUCCUGCAUCAUGUACAGAGGGUUUGACUACUUAGAUGGUCUGGAGCAUGUUGAGGAGAUAAAACUAUGCAAGUGUAUGUACAUCGAGGACGCCUGUCUGGAGAGGCUGAGUAAGGUAGAGAACCUACAGAAGAGCCUGAAGAGCCUGGAUAUCAUCACCUGUGGCAAUGUGAGCGACAAAGGGGUCAUAUCACUGAACACCUUGAGUAAUUUGCAGCACCUAUUUCUGAGCGAUCUACCAGCGAUCAAGCAAAGAGAGAAGACAGUGGAACUCCUCCAGAAAGCCAUCCCUUCACUGCACAUCAAACUGGAUCUGGAUUAAGAGUCUUAUAUUUAUUUUUGCUUUUUCUGUUGCCAAUGCUUUGCACUUUGAACAUUUUCCGUCAAAAGAUUUCAUGUAGGGCGCCUUUUCUGAUUAUACAGAUAUUUGCAGAAACCGCAUUAUACCAGAUUAUAAAGCCCCAUUAAGUUUUGUAUAUAGGUCAAUUCUAGGAUCGCAUCAUUACGAUUUUCAGGACAGGCAGAUACAUCGGUGAAUAGUGGCUAUUGGAUGGAAAAUGUUGACUAGGGAUGAGCGAACUUACAGUAAAUUCGAUUCGUCACAAACUUCUCGGCUCGGCAGU